AUGUUGCGCUCGGCGACUCUCUGCCUCCUGACGCUUGCUACUCAGCUGCCCGGAACAAUGCAGGGUCCGCAGCAGCGCUCUCUGCUCAGGGAGCUUCUGAGAGACUACAACCCCAUGGAGAGACCGGUGGCAAACGACUCGCACACACUGGUGGCCCAGUUCUCCUUCACGCUGAUGCAGGUCAUGGAUGUGGAUGAAAAGAACCAGAUCCUCACCACCAAUGCUUGGCUGCAGAUGCAGUGGUACGAUCACUACCUCCAGUGGAAUCAGUCGGAAUACCCUGGCGUUAAAAACCUUCGCUUCACCGCGGAUCAAGUCUGGACACCUGACAUAUUGCUUUAUAACAGUGCUCACAAAAACUUUGACGCCACCUUCAAGACCAACGUGCUGGUGAACUCCAGCGGCUUCUGUGAGUACCUGCCUCCAGGGAUAUUUAUCAGUACCUGUAACGUGGACGUGCGCUGGUUUCCCUUCGACGUUCAGCGAUGCGAGCUAAAGUUUGGCUCCUGGACGUUUGAUGGCUGGCUGCUGGACAUCCAGAUGAAGGAGGCCGACGUGUCAGGCUACAUGACCAACGGGGAGUGGGACCUGCUGGAGGUCCCUGGUGGCCGCCACGAGGUUUUCUACGAGUGUUGCGCAGAGCCUUACCCCGAUGUGACCUUUGUGGUGACCUUGCGCCGGAGGACCUUGUACUACGCCCUCAACCUCCUCAUCCCCUGUGUGCUCCUCUCGUCCAUGACGCUGCUGGUCUUCCUGCUCCCGGCCAACUCCGGAGAGAAGAUCAGCCUGGGCAUCACCAUUCUGCUUUCUUUGACGGUCUUCAUGCUGAUGGUCGCUGAGAUUAUGCCUGCAACCUCGGAUUCUAUACCACUCAUAGGUCAGUACUUUGCCAGCACCAUGGUGAUAGUUGCUAUGUCCGUAGUGGCCACAGUUAUUGUCCUUCAGUUCCAUCACCACAACCCCAACAACGGACAAAUACCACAUUGGGUCAAGCUGGUCCUGCUGCAGUGGAUCCCUUGGUUCCUGCGAAUGAAACGUCCAGGUGAGGCAGUGGACCACAGCCAAGCAGACACUCCAAGCAAGACCUUGUCCUCACCUGUCCCCCCCACACCCGAGGGCUUAGCCUCCCCGAGGGCCAGGCUGGUUCAGCUGCACCCCUCAGCGCCUAACGGCUGCAUCGCCCUCCCGUAUCCUAAUCUGCACCCCCAAGCCAACGGUCACCUGCCUUACAUGGGCUUCCGAGCCUUUCCGUGUCCUGCGGAACUGGACGCUCCGGGUGACGGUGAAAGGAGGGCGGCGGCGGGUGAAGACGGAGAGGCAGCCUCACCAGGAGGAGCAGCGGAUACACCUAGUCAUCAACACCAUGCACCUGCUAGUCCCUAUCCCUGCACGGCGUCUUCCAACCCUGAACCAUACGGUGUGUCUCCGGGUGGAACAGAAGCCGGGACGGACGCCGUCUCCUCAAAUGGCGUCAACACCCAGCUCCAGGCUCUUCUCUCGGAGGUGCACUUCUUAGUGGAGCGGGUUCUGGAGCAGGACCGGCAGCUGGGUCUGGCAGAGCAGUGGCAGUUUGCCGCGGCCGUCAUCGACCGCCUGUGUCUGGUGGGAUUCAGCGUCUUCAACAUCAUCUGCACCAUCGCCAUCCUCAUGGCCGCGCCCAACUUUGGGGACGCUCUGGCCAAAGACUUCCUCUGAGGAACUUUUGGAAGCACAAUUAGCUGGAGCAGCCGCUUAGUUGUUUCCUGAAAGACGCAUGCAAAGUGAAAAAUGUGUGCUAACAAGGAGAUGUAGAUUGCAUGCAUGUUGAUGACGUCGGAAACUGUACUGAA